UUUUCCAGGGCCACCGCACAGCUGUCCCAACUACACCAGCUCGGUGUGCUCUGAAUUGCAAAAAAGCUAGCUCCAAACAAAGAGCGGGGCCCCACCCCCGCUUGCCUGGGGCCUCUGGGCGCGUCGCGUCCCGCCGGCCGGGCAGCAAAAGACCGACGCUACGCCUGGCAGCUGGGGCGGCCCUGGAGGCUGUGAGCGCCAGGCAGACGCAGUGGCUCCAGGCUGCGGACUUUUGCAUCAGAGCCCAGGGCCAGGCCACCAUGGCACACUACAAGACAGAACAGGAAGACUGGCUGCUGGUCCACCUCAAGUACCUGCUCUUCAUCUUCAACUUCUUCUUCUGGGUAGGCGGGGCAGCCGUCAUGGCCGUGGGUGUCUGGACACUGGUGGAGAAGAGCGGCUACCUCAGUGUCCUGGCUUCCAGCACCUUCACUGCUUCUGCCUACAUCCUCAUCUUCGCAGGAGCACUUGUCAUGACAACCGGCUUCCUGGGCUUUGGAGCCGUCAUCCGAGAGCAGAAGAGCUGUCUUUCAGCGUAUUUCUGCUUGUUGCUGGUCAUCUUCCUUGUGGAGCUGGUGGCAGGGGUCCUGGCACAUGUGUACUAUCAGAAGCUGAGUGACGAGCUGAAGCAACACCUGAAUGGCACCUUGACCAAGAGUUAUGGGCAGCCCAGGGCUGUGAAGAUCACAGCCUCAGUGGACCGGCUGCAACAGGAUUUCAAGUGCUGUGGCAGCAACAGCUCUGCUGACUGGCAACACAGUGCAUACAUCUUAUCUCAGGAGGCUGAAGGCCGCCAGGUGCCUGACAGCUGCUGCAAGACAGUGGUCGCGCACUGCGGCCAACGGGUCCAUCCUUCCAAUAUCUACAAGGUGGAGGGAGGCUGCAUGGCCAAGCUAGAGCAGUUCCUGGCCGAUCACCUGCUACUUAUGGGAGCAGUGGGCAUUGGGGUGGCCUGCCUGCAGAUCUGCGGGAUGGUUCUCACCUGCUGCUUGUACCAGAGGCUCCAGCAGCAGUUUUACUAAUGGCUGACCCUGUCCCCUGCUGACUGCCCCAUACAAAAGUCUACAUCCUGUCUACCAGGCCUGCAAAGUCUACACUGGCGACACAGCCAUGGACUCCCACUACCCUGUGCUGAGACCACCGAGUGCCCGUGAUCAUGGCUACAGGUGGGAAGCCACCUGGGCAAGGUCCUCAACACAUUCCAUCUCUAAGCACUCACUGCCAGAAUCCUUGGUGGAGGAUGAUCCUGCCAGGAGGCAGCCAGAGCCUUUUACCAGGAGUGGGGUGCUGUGGACUAUGGGGGAGCCAGAGCUCUGCUCUCUGUCCUAUCCCAGUGCCUGAACUUGGAAUGAAAGGCUGGAAGAUGGGUCCCUUUGGACCCCAGUGUGUGAGUCCCAUGGGUGUGGGGCAGCCCCAGACAGCUCUCUUCUGAGAGGCAUCACAGUGGGCAGAUUGAGUCAGCUCCAAAACCUAACUGGCUUCUGAAUCUGCCCACAUAGUCACCUAGGAAAUAGAGCCCUGCUGGCCAUGUCCCUCCUGUAGGACCUGGGACAGGGGAGGUCUGAAGUGGGGCAACUUAAGGACAGGCUGUAGAGUCACCAGGACAGGGCACCCAGAGGACAGGCACAUGCUGCUCCUGCCUGUCAGCCUUCCCAGGAGAGACUCCCUGGGACACAGUGGUCCCAAGCCCAAGUCCCCAGUGAUGUGUCCUGAUUCCCAGAAUGCCAGUUUAAAAUGUAGUGGAUGUAAAAGUUCCCUAGCAGACCAAGUCACAGGCCUGCAAGUCAGGAGCUGCUGAGAAGGAAAGACUCUGAAAAGAGGCGUGCUCUGCCUGCACGCCCUUUGCCUGGUGGUGCCUCUUUCUGAUCACGUGACCCCCACUAGUUUCCUUCCACUAUGUAUUCUUUGCUCCCUUUCCUGCUACCCAAGGUAGAGCACCAUCCCCUCCACCUGUCCUCUUGAGUCACUGAAUGAAACAAUUUUCAGGAGGAGCUUUGCCAAGCACUAAGAGAGAACAGAAAGAAAAUUCUAGAAAAUAAGGAGUUGAUAGUAGCUAAUUAUUUCUUUGGGCAACUUGUCACACGAGGACCCCACAUCCAGCUUCAGCCCCAUCCCCUUAGGUCCUGUACGUCUCCCCACAGUGGCGACCCUCUGCCCCCACAUGAACCAGUGGCACCUUGUUGCUCUGAAGCCUCCCAUCUGACCCAGCUUUCCAGUCAAUCUUAGGGUAGAGAGUACAAGUUCUCAUACAUAGGUGCCCUAAGGCCCACUGGUUGCUGUCACCAACACAGCCCUGAAAACUCAUCCUCAGAGCAGGAAGUAGCUGUGUGAACAGAGGGAACACCAGGCUCUCAGGUUGGGUGGCCUCCUCCACUCUGGGAUUCUCAGGGGGCUACAUGGAGCCUGGGCUGGCUUAUGCCGUCUGCCUAGAGGGACUUGGGGUUGCCCCCCGAGAACUCAGUCAAAAGAAGUCACUCCUUUCCAGCUCAACCCAUCAGAUCCAUUCCCAGGAUGGUUCUUCCUGUUCCUCCCUUGGGACAGGUCCCUGCUUGGAUCAGUCUGAGUUGCUUGGAGAGAGUGAAGGACAUGCCUGUAGAAUGUCACCCUCAGUCCUGGGUGGACACAAGACACACUGGGGUCCCUGAACUCAGUGUGGCUAUGGCUAGCAAGCACGUCCUCACCCUGAGGACAUGAGACAUCCUCCCCUAAGCUCAAAGAGGCAGCCUCAAGAGAACAGUUUGUCCCCAAGUCCCCCAAGUGGCUAGUGUUUGGGGGACAAGGGUGAACCUUGGCCUCUGAUAAAGUGAUGCGUUGUCUGCACCCAUUUGUCCCCUUCCUCCCUUCCCAGCAAUAUACCCCAACUCCCAGAACACCUCUGGCAUGGCUUUGGGGAAUGCUCAUUGAGGACCCCUUUGUUGUCUUUAAUAUGUUAUUUCAUGGUGAUACUAAUGGGAGAUACUCUAGCCCCCAUUCUGUAAGUGAGGAAACUGAGGCUUGGCCAAGUUGGAUACUCGCUGGUAAGUGAUGACUGUUGUCAUGGUUUCAGCCAGGUGAAGCCAAAGAAGGGUGGUCUGGGAACCCAUCUGCUCAGCCCCCAUAGUUCUCCAUCUCUCUAACAAGCUGUUGGCAUUCAGGAACAAAAUGUCUAAGGUGGCACUGCCAUAUAUUAGAGCCUCAGCAGCUCCCAGCUGGACAGGACCAUCAUGCCUGAUGCCAGGAGCCCUGGGCAUUCACAGUUGGGGAAGGGGUCUAGUCUAUUUCUGGUUCACCUCCAGGCCCCAUGAAGAGACUAAGGAAGAAGAUAGGAGGCCAGAACACCUUGGAAUGGCCCAGCCCACACUCAGAGCCGCUACAACAAGAGCAGGGUCUGCCCCUUAGUGCUCAGCUUCCAUACCGAUGUGAAUCACGCCGUGUGCAAAUGAUUGUUCGGGGCAGGAAUGCCUCUCCCUGCCUCAUGCUGGAGGUUAGGCGGGAACCCCAGAUUACAUCCACUCCCAGAGCCACACCAGGCAAGGAGGUGCUCUGGCUGGUGAUACUGAGCUUCCCUGUCAGGCAAGGCCCUCUUCUGCCUUCUAACCCUCUCACUCCCCUGCAUUAGCACCUACUAUUUCUGGGAUCUAGAGUGGACUCAGGAUGACUUCUGUCUUGAGUGCUCUCCCUUUGCUUUGCCAUAGGGUUCAGAUCCAAAAGGCCCUGUGUGACACUAAGGAUCAGGUAUGACAGGUCAAUGUGACAAGCCCCUGGGACCCUCAUACCCAACAACCCACUUUGAACUCAGAAUCUGCUACUCUGGGCCCCCUUAAAGGUUUUGUGAUGAAGGCUGUAAACUGGAUCAGUGAGUCCUGUACCAGACUUGAAAAUGUCCCCUGUUCACUGGCUCUAUUGGAAGGGGCAAGAGAAGGUGGUUAGACUCCUAAACAGAAAAGCAGUCUUGUGUGUGGCCGCAGGGCAGUACUCACCUUCCAAGGACAAUUGGAUGAAGUGUGUCUACCUUCCAGUAUCAAACUUGCUCAGGUCUGAGUUCUGCUUGGAGUGUUCUCGGUCCACAGAGAGGGUAGGAUGAAGCCAGCCACUCUGAGCAGUUCACUGCCCUCCAUGGUGUCCCCUCUUGGCUGUGCAUGCUUGACACACCUGCCCUGUUGAGUCUAUGACUUAGGCCAGUAGAUCAGAUGCAUGAGUCCUCUUUCUGGAAGGGCGCCAGUUACACACCCCAGCCCCUAUCUCCCACAUCCAUGAGGUGAUCCUGCUGCUUCCUUGUUAUCCCCACUUCCUGUACUUGCAGCGUCCUCAACACUGAACUUCAGGCCUCCCAUGUCCUUUCCCCCCCUGCUACACACCUAUGACACCUGCUCCUGCCCCAUGCCAGGGCCACCAGUUCUUUCCCGGAGCCCAGUGUUAGGGUUCAGAUGGCUCCUGGAUCCACCUGGCCCUGACAUGGAUCAUCAGAUAUUCUAGAGAGAUGUUGCCUUAGCCUACUGCUUAGAGUGAAACUCUAAAUGUGAACAUGCCUCUCUCCACUGACCUCAGUGUAAGCCCAGUGCCUCUGGCAGUGGGCUCAAUAAUAAAGGAUUUGUACUAAGGAGCACCUUCUGCUGAUCUGGAUGUCCACAGAGACCCUAAACCCUCUUUAAAUGCAUUGUGACCCCACUGCUGGUCAUGCUUCCCUACCACAGCCAUCAGGGACCUGUUGCCCCUCACUCAAUCAUCUCAACAUUGAUUUAUCUAGAAGAAUCUCUCCUGCUCAUGAGCGCCAUUACCCCAGCACCCUGGGCUGCUAACCAGAGCCCGGUUGAAACAAGUGUGCUUGAAAUGUGUUCGGCUUAAACCUUCUUGCCUUUGAUCAGACAGUGUAGUAACAGUUUCUCAGGAGGCAAAGCCACUUCCUUUGUGGGCCAACACUUUGUGCACCCACCCUGCAGUGGCAGCCCCUCCACACGACGGCAGAAGACAGAGAGUAUGGGGAGAGGUCAGGGCACCGGGUCCUUCUGAGGCACCUAGUGCCACCUAUCCCCAGACCACUUACUUAAGUUGUUCUGAUAGGGUUUGUCCACCUUGCACUCGUCAAUUUGUCCCCUAACUCAGAGAUGGAGACUUCGUAUGGCAGUGAAGACUUAAACCUGAGCAGGGCACACCUGUAAUCCUAGCAUCCCAAAGGCUGAGACCGAAGGAUUGCUGUGAAUAGGAGGCCAGUCUGGGUCCAAGCUGGUGUGAGACCCUGUCUCAAAAAAAUAAAAAGUACAGCCAGUAAGAUGGCUCAGCGGGCAAAUGC